UUACCUUAUUCUAUAUCUCGUCUCUUCUCUUCUUUAGGGUUUGUCUUCUUUUCUCUUAUCCUCUCUAUUCCUCCGCCAAAUUUAGCGAGUUAGAGAGGGGAAGAAGGGGAGAAAGGGUGUCCCUACGGUAAUCUAAUUAGACGCCUCCACGCCUCUCUCUUGAAAUCCUUAUCCGAACUCCCCAAAUACCGCCAGGCUCGUUUGUCUUCUAUCCUCUUCUCGCUUUCUCUAUUCCUCCGCCUCUUUCCUCCACAACCGUUUCUUUUCCCUUAUAAUUUUAUCUUUUUGGAUGGUGAUAUUUUUCUCUCCGGAUAAAGAGCGGGCCGAUUGAGCUGUGGAAAGCCUCGAAUCGCUCCGAAGCUCUUCUGCCGUGCGAUUCCGACCCUACCGAGGAUCGAUCUCGGUGGGUUCUUGCAGCUGUUUGUUUUCUUGGGUUAUCGAUUCCUGAUAGAUAGAUAGAUGGCAUUGAUUCUGGACGCGCUGAUUGAGAUCUUGAGGAAGCCCACCGUCGGCGACGUGGUCACCGAGCUCGCCUUGUUCGCCGCCCCUCUCUGGAUCGCGGUUCUUGUAGGGCUUUUUGUGGGGUGGGCGUGGAGGCCGAGAUGGGCGGCGGGUCUCCUAGGCGGGGAGAAGGCCAUUCUGGGUGGUCGCCCUGUGACGUCGAGAGUCGAUUCUUUGAAGGCUCAGCUGCCAGGCAGCGUCACUUGCUCGGUUUCCGGCAAGAGUUCUGGAAGCGAGGCCAAGAUGGUCGCCGUGUGUCCUCCAGAUGCGGAAAGUGAGAACUUGGCGGUGACGGAGGAGGAUUUGGAGCACCUGUACAAGCUUGUCGAGGUGACCGACGGGGGGCCCGUGUGGCACAAGAUGAUGGACCGGACCUUGCCGAACAUGAGCUAUCAGGCAUGGCGGAGAGAUCCUGAGACGGGUCCUCCGCAAUAUCGCAGUAGAACUGUCUUCGAGGAUGCAAUACCAGAGAUUGUGAGGGACUUCUUCUGGGAUGAUGAGUUCCGGAUCAAGAAUGGGUGGGACGACAUGCUCCUCUACCACGACACACUAAAGGAAUGCCCAACCACGGGGACGAUGGUAGUUCACUGGAUUCGAAAGUUUCCAUUGUUCUGCAGCAACAGAGAGUACAUCAUCGGUCGUCGGAUAUGGGAAUCGGGAAGAACAUAUUACUGUGUGACUAAGGGAGUUCCAUGCCUCUCUGUACCUAGACGCGACAAACCCAGGCGUGUCGACUUGUACUACUCCAGCUGGUGCAUUCGUGCAGUUGAGUCGAGGAGAGGGGAUGGCCAGUUGACUGCCUGUGAGGUGCUACUGUUCCAUCACGAGGAUAUGGGCAUCCCAUGGGAGCUAGCGAAACUGGGUGUCCGGCAGGGGAUGUGGGGUUGUGUCAAAAGGAUUGAACCUGGCUUCCGAGCCUACCAGAUCGCCAGGAGGUCUCACGAGCCACCAUCACGGUGCGCCUUCAUGGCACAAAUCAACACCAAGUUCAGUUCUGAUGAUCUAAUAACAUCGGAAGCUGGCACCUGUUCAUCCUCAGAAGUGGUAGAAGCAGAGAAACAUAAAAAUUGGGCAGAUAGCAUACCCAAGUUUCUUGUAAUUGGUGGUGCUGUGGCCCUAGCAUGCAGUCUCGACCAUGGCCUGUUGACCAAGGCAGUCAUUUUUGGAGUGGCCCGGAGGUUUGCAAGACCAGGAAGGAGGUUGUGAGAUGGACAGCAAAAGAAAGCAUAAGGGAUCCAUUCAGAUGGACAGCAAAAGAAAGCAUAAGGGAUCCAUUCAGGCAUCCCUGCCAGCCACGUUGCUGGGUGCUUUCGGCUUCAUCCAAUGGCAUCGCCAUGAGUAGUUUUGUUAAGUUCUUAUAAUUUGUUGCCAGAAAAUGCGACGGGGUUCUUUUAUUUCUCAUGGAAAAAGGUAUCUCGGUGAAUACGCUUUUCUCUAUAAUCCAACCAUUGAUAGCUGUCCCAUGAAUAAUGGCACGACGGAUAAUAUACUUUUCAUAAGGUAGGGAGCCCGAAACUGAUUCAUGAAGAUGAUAAUGAAUGUAGAAGUUGUGGACUUUAAGGUAGGGAUCAUCAAAACAUCGGCUGAUUCAAUGUAUAGUCUGUUUCUAGUGCUGACUGUCCAGGUGCAGAAGUGGGUUCGCACUUUUGCAUAUCUAAAAUUAUUGAAGUCCGCAUAUUAACUA